CGGCAUAUCACGCAUGGCCUUACGAUAUUUGACGUUUUUAUGCGUUUUCUAAAAAGAUUAUGUUAAAGAUCGUUUAAUGCCUGUGUUGGGAAUCGCAAAGUUAUUCUACAGAUCGAUUCAGACAUCAACAAAACCUUGGAGAUACUCCGCAAGUAUGAGUUUUUUCCCGACAUCUCCCGCCCCCCUCCCACGUCUAGCUUUGGACCCGGACGUGGAAAAUUACAUCAAACAGACGUAUUGUAAUAGUCAGGUUGUGGCUGCUAUAGGCCAGGAGGAAGCUGAGAGAAGAUUUCACAGCACCAUAGACCGACUGUCACUCCCCCCAGGCUACACCACAGUCAGAGCCAACACUGUCAACCGAACAAGGGACAACAUCAGGGAACAAAUGCAACAACUUCUAAUGAAGGAGUACAGUAACAAAGCGGUACCCUGCCCACCUGUUGAGGAUCACCCUGUGCUACCUGAUGUCCUGCUCAUCCCUACAACUGGACCUCACGUCAAUCUACAGCAUCAUACAAAAGAGAUCAUGGUGGAUGUACACUGUGGAGCAGCUGUCCUGAGGGGGGCUCAUAUCUUUGCACCUGGUGUCCUGGGAGCAACAGCAGAUGUGCAGGCAGGUGACCAUGUGUCUGUAUAUGUGGACGUUGAGGGGAAGUGCCUACGAGGGUACCAGAAGCCCUACCAGGGUUCCAGGGUGUUCGUGGGGAACGGAGUGGCCAGGAUGAACAGAGAUGACAUCUUCAGUGUUUCACAGGAGGACCUCAGUGGUAUUGGUGUGGAGAUGACAUCCCCUCUCUAUGACUGCCCUCCCCUCAAUGAUGUCAUGUCAGACUCAAUCUUCCUACAAAACCUGCCGUCGACAGUCGCAGGUCACGUGCUGAACCCACAGCCUGGAGAGAUGGUGCUAGACAUGUGUGCUGCCCCAGGUGGAAAGACCACCCAUCUAGCAACCUUGAUGAAAAAUCAGGGAACUGUAAUUGCAUUUGAUAAAUCUCAAGGAAAAGUUGACAAAGUCAUUGCCAAUGCAAGAAGACUAGGACUAACAUGUAUACAGGCAUACAUGUUCGAUGGAGGGAAAGCUGCAUCGGAGAGUGCACUUUGUGACGAAGCUGAAAGUUCAGUGGGUGCCCCACCCUACCCACCAAACACCUUCCACAGGGUACUAGUGGAUGCACCCUGCAGUGCCCUGGGACAGAGACCUGCCCUCGGGAACAAGAUGAAGCUCAAGACCCUAAAAUCCUACCCUGCCUACCAGAGAAGACUGUUUCCUGCAGCUGUACAGCUGUUACAGACAGGUGGAACCCUGGUGUACAGCACCUGUACGCUGACCCUGGAGGAGAAUGAGGGGCAGGUGGAACACCUGCUGAACACCUUCCCUUGUCUGGAACUAGUACCACAAACCCCAUACCUAGGAGGGCCUGGCCUGCCUGGGACAUCCCUAACUCAGGACCAGCUUCAGAUGCUACAGAGGUUCGAGCCUUGGGGAGGAAACAGGACAAAGAAUUCUCAUCCUUCUGACACAGACACUAUCGGCUUCUUCAUCGCAAAGUUUGUAAAGAAAGCAAGAUAGCACUGAGUUUUAUGCAAUGUGAUUGUUUUGAA